CUCCAGCCUGUGCAGCAUCACGUUUAUAUCCCAGUUUAAGGCAGCCCUUGGGAAGGAUGAGCAGCACAGUCAGCUGCUGCUCCAUGCCAGGCGAGCAGCGCAGCUUAGUCACAGGAUAGAUCAGGACAGAUCCACACUGACUCCUAGGAGGGUCUCAGGCUCAGGGACUGGGUCUCAUUCCACUGGUGUCUCCUGGGGAGAGCUGUCUGCGCUCGGCCAGGGUUUCAGCAUGCCACACAUCGCUGGGGUGACAGCAGCUGGAGAACUGUCACCUACUGUAUUUGGCCCUGCUUCUCUGAUGUUGCUUUGAGGCCGCAGUAAAAGAGUGAGUGAGAUACAGCGCAAUGGGAGACUGGACUUUUCUAGGAGAGUUCUUAGAAGAAGUACAGAAGCAUUCCACGGUGGUGGGGAAAGUAUGGCUGACCAUCCUCUUCAUCUUCCGGAUGCUGGUUCUAGGCACAGCAGCGGAGUCCUCCUGGGGAGACGAGCAAUCGGACUUUAUGUGCGACACCACCCAACCUGGUUGCGAGAACGUCUGCUACGACAAAGCGUUCCCCAUCUCCCACAUCCGAUUUUGGGUUCUCCAGAUAAUCUUUGUCUCCACCCCAUCUCUACUGUACAUGGGACAUGCCAUGCACACUGUCCGAAUAGAGGAAAAAAAGAAACUCAGGGAAGAGGAAAUGAAAUCCAAACAGGAUAUGAGUGAAGACACCACUUUCCAUCAGCAGAAAUACCCAUCCGAAAAACUUGAACUUCCGUAUAGGGAUGAGGUGAGCGGGAAGAUCAGGCUUCAAGGAAGUCUGUUGAACACCUACGUGUGCAGUAUCCUCAUCCGCACCGCCAUGGAGGUAGCUUUUAUUGUUGGACAAUAUAUGCUCUAUGGGAUCUUUUUGGAAACCCUAUAUAUAUGUAAAAGGAGUCCUUGCCCGCAUCCUGUGAACUGCUAUGUGUCACGGCCCACCGAGAAGAACGUUUUCAUCAUAUUUAUGUUGGCGGUGGCAGUCCUCUCGCUUCUCCUUAGUCUUGUUGAGCUGUACUAUUUGUCAUGGAAAAAACUAAAGCAAAAUAUAUCGAAGUCUUCUGCAAAAAGUGCCAGUGCUGUACGGGUGGCUACAAUAGAGCCGGAGAACCGGUCCCGGAGCUGCACACCCCCUCCAGAUUUUAAUCAAUGCUUGAGCAGUAAUAAGGGUAAGUUUGGAAGCCCUUUCAAUAACACUUUGGCAUCUCAGCAGAACACGGUCAAUUUCGCCACCGAAAUGGUCAAAAGUGAAGAUGACAUUGGUGGACAAGGACAAUUCAUCCACAUAAACUAUGCACAGAACGCUCCAGUGGGCAACCACUCUGUCCCCCACCACAUGCCCAAUGGGUAUUGCCAAAAUGGCCGUCGCUUGAGCAAGACCAGCCGUACUAGCAGCAAAGCUCGUUCAGAUGACCUGGCCGUGUAAUCUAUAUGGGGAUUUUAGCAGGACUCCUUUCCAAUUAUUUCGUAUUUAUAUGGCAAUAGAAACUAUCAAUUAUGGGGUGUAAUAAUGAGAAUUCAUUUUUUUUUACUGUCAUUUGUGCCUUAAAAUGUUGUGUCAAAAAGCAAUAAAGAGAAUUUUUCCUA